AUGCUGCCAUUGUUCUUGCCUCUCCUGAAGGACUUUCUGUACAAUCAAAGCCUAGCACUGCUUAUGCAAUUGCGGCUAGGGGUUAUGUUGGGAUUAUUUGAAGAUUAUAGGUAUAGGUCAGAAUCAAAGAAACCAGCUCUUAGAAUGGUUGACAUUAUUGGUCUUGGAACGGGACCUGAAUUCGAGAAGAAAUUUAAGUACGCAAGAGAUGUUUCUUCUGGAAUAAUUUUUGGAAGGCAGCUAGUAAAUUCUCCUGCUAAUGUGCUCACACCAGGGGCUUUGGCAGAACAGGCAUCUAACAUUGUUUCCACCUAUAGUGAUGUUUUCACUGCUACAAUAUUAAAUGCUGAGCAAUGUAAGGAUUUGAAAAUGGGGUCCUAUCUAGGUGUUGCUGCAGCCUCAGCAAAUCCUCCUCAUUUUAUCCAUCUAUGUUAUAAACCACCAAGUGGACCUGUCAAUGCCAAGUUGGCUUUAGUGGGAAAAGGUUUGACCUUUGACAGUGGUGGCUACAACAUCAAGACUGGACCUGGUUGUUCGAUUGAACUCAUGAAAUUUGAUAUGGGUGGUUCGGCUGCAGUUUUAGGUGCAGCAAAAGCUCUUGGUCAAAUCAAACCUCUUGGGGUGGAGGUUCAUUUCAUAGUUGCAGCUUGUGAGAAUAUGAUAAGUGGAGCAGGUAUGAGGCCUGGAGACAUUGUCACUGCUUCAAAUGGAAAAACUAUAGAGGUUAACAACACUGAUGCUGAGGGUAGACUUACCCUGGCAGAUGCUCUGGUAUAUGCUUGUAACCAAGGUGUAGAAAAGAUUGUUGACUUGGCAACCUUAACUGGGGCCUGCAGAGUUGCUCUUGGUCCAUCUAUUGCAGGUGCAUUUACUCCCAGUGAUGACCUGGCAAAAGAAGUUUUUGAAGCUUCUGAAGCGAGUGGGGAGAAAUUAUGGAGGAUGCCCUUAGAAGAAAGUUACUGGGAAUCAAUGAAAUCAGGAGCGGCUGAUAUGCUGAACACUGGUAGUCGACAAGGUGGUGCUAUUACUGCUGCUCUUUUCUUAAAACAGUUUGUUGAUGAAAAGGUUCAAUGGAUGCAUAUUGACAUGGCUGGUCCAGUGUGGAAUGAAAAGAAGCGUUCAGCAACAGGAUUUGGCAUUGCUACUUUAGUAGAAUGGGUUUUGAAAAAUGCCAACUGAAAUCUUCAAAUCUUGAGUGAAGCACAGGAUGAGUUAAAUUAUUCGAUGGGGUUGGUUAUAUGAAUAAGUUAUUCAAAGGGAUGCAAAAGGAGCUGAUCA